AUGGACAAGUGGAAGGAGAAAAUCAGUGGCCUGGAGGAGCAUUUCAAAGAUACCAAACUGGAGGAUGUUAGAGAGGGUGCCCACCACUUCAAGCACAAAGUUGGCAAGUUCUUCAACAUCGUCAACCCCAACCAUCGCCAUGACGAAGAACACGAGCAGGCCACCGACCGGAAGAGGACAGAAAUCGCCGAAUCCCACCGCUUCCAAUCCUUCGCUCCCAUUCGCGAGGGUAACAAGGUGAAGUGGUAUGUCGAUGCUUUGGACUAUCUCUGGGCCGUCUCUAUUGCCCUCGAACAGGCCAAGGAGGUCAUCUAUAUCGAGGACUGGUGGCUUUCUCCGGAAUUGUUUCUGCGGAGACCUCCGUACGAGACGCAGGAAUGGCGACUGGAUCAGGUGCUCAAGCGUCGUGCUGAAGCGGGUGUGAAGAUCUACGUGAUCGUGUAUAAAGAGGUCAACCAAGCAUUGACUUGCAACUCGGCACAUACGAAACAUGCUUUGCGCAACCUCUGCCCUGAAGGUAGUCCCGGCUAUGGGAACAUCAAGAUACUGCGUCAUCCGGACCACAACAUCUUCGAGAAUGCAGCGGACAUGACAUUGUACUGGGCCCACCAUGAGAAAUUCAUCGUCAUCGAUUACUCCCUGGCUUUUAUCGGUGGAAUCGACCUUUGCUUUGGCCGCUGGGAUGCUAACCAGCACCCGUUGGCCGAUGUCCACCCCUCGAACAUGAAGAACGAGAUCUUCCCCGGUCAGGAUUUCAAUAACAACCGCAUAAUGGAUUUCCAGAGUGUGGGCCAGUGGCAAGCGAAUGAACUCAGCAAGGCAGAGUAUGGCCGGAUGCCUUGGCACGAUGUAGCCAUGGGCUUGAUGGGAGACUGUGUCUACGAUAUUGCGGAGCACUUCGUCCUUCGGUGGAACUUCAUCAAGCGGGAUAAGUACAAGCGUGAUAAGGGCGUGGAUUGGCUUACUCUUGAGGGCCGCCUUGGUGACGACGAAGACCUUGUCGCUGUGCAGCGUCCCAAGUACCCUUGUGGUGACUAUGUCCAGCACCCCUUCCAGCCGCUGAGCACGAAGCCUCUUGGGAAACAAGGCAAUGCACGAGCUCAGAUCAUCCGCAGCAGCGCCGACUGGAGCAGUGGAAUCCUGACCGAGCAUAGCAUCCAGAAUGCCUACAAGGAGAUCAUUAGCAAAGCAGAGCACUUUGUUUACAUUGAGAAUCAAUUCUUCAUCACUGCUACCGGCGAUCAGCAGAGACCCAUCCUCAACACUAUUGGACGAUCAAUUGUUGAUGCCUGUGUCAGAGCUGGCAAGGAGGGAAGAAAAUUCCGCGUCAUCAUUGUCAUCCCGGCCAUUCCUGGAUUUGCUGGUGAUCUGAGACAGAAUGAAGCUACCGGCACCAGAGCUAUCAUGGAUUACCAGUAUAAGUCCAUCAAUCGCGGCGAGCACUCGAUCUUUGGUCAAAUUUCCGCCCAGGGCGUGGAUCCGAAACAACACGUCUUUGUCUUCAACCUGCGCGCGUACGACCGCAUCAAUAAGACUCCUGCGUUGGAGGCUUUGGAAAAAGAAGCCGGAGUCACCUACAAUGACAUCCAACGCGGGAUUGCUGAGUCGAUCAUGAGCGAUAGUGUUCAUCCCGCCGUAGGUAAAGAGGGCGACAAGAAUGAAGUUGACUACGACAACGCCCAACAGGAAAGAGAGGAACGCCUUGCCAAAUUGCGCCGAUAUGAGGAGCAGUCUGAGCGUCACCAGGAGGACUACGGCUACAAGAGCAAAGACACUGUCGCUCACACCACUAUGCUCAACGGCGGCAAGAUGUCUGAUGAGCCUUGGGAGGGUGACCCUGAAGCCGAGAAAGAUAACUUCGUUCAAGAAGAACUCUACGUGCACGGGAAGGUGUGUAUCGUGGAUGACAGGAUCGCCAUCUGUGGUAGCGCAAAUAUCAACGACCGAUCGCAACUUGGCUACCAUGAUAGCGAGCUGGCUAUCGUGGUCGAAGAUCAGGACCUCAUUGACAGCACGAUGGACGGCAAACCGUUCAAGGCGGCGCGUUUGGCUGCGACGCUCCGACGCCAGCUGUGGCGAGAACACCUUGGACUGCUGCCUGCGCAAGACUACGAUGCAUCGCAGCAUCCAAACGCGCAGCCUCCUAACGUCUGCAUGAACCAGAUUCUCGAGGGCCCGGAGAACGACUUCGUCACUGAUCCCUUGAAUGAUGCAUUGUGGGACACCUGGACCGGCCAGGCCACCGUGAACACCGAGAUGUACCGGGUAUUGUUCCGGGCAGACCCGGACGACAACAUCAAGAACUUUGAAGAAUACGAUCACUUCCGGCCCGCAAAGGGUCGCAAGAUGGGACAUCUGUUCGAUCCGUACCAGCCUGCCAAGGAUGUUCGUGAAAAGUUGGACCAAAUCAAGGGCCAUCUGGUGUGGAUGCCCUUGGACUUUUUGAAAGACGCCGAAAUGGCGGAGCCUGGUUUACAGGUGAAUCAAAUUACCGAGAUUAGCAAUGUAGGGUUCGCUCUCUAG